UCAAAAUCAUUCUAUACUUUUGGUGCAGCACUGUUAUGUUGAAACAUGGCGGCUCCCAUGACAGAAAUUUUGGUCCUUGUUUUGGCUCUGGUGUCAGCUUGUGCGGCCCAACUAGAGCUUGAUGACCGAUUCUUAGAGCAGAGGAAAGAGGGAUUCUGGUUGGUGCAGUUCUACGCCCCAUGGUGUGGUCAUUGCAAGAAGCUGGAGCCCAUCUUCCACCAGGUAUUCCGCGAACUCAGGAGCACGCCAAUCCGGGUUGGCAAGAUAGAUGCCACAAGGUUCUCAAGUGUGUCCUCAGAGUUUGACGUCCGAGGCUUUCCGACUAUCAAGUUUUUCAGUGGAGAUAAUGUCUACACCCACAGAGGAGACAGGACAAAAGAAGAUAUUAUGGAAUUUGCUCAGCGGGCCCAAGGCCCUGCGGUGAGGAAGUUGGCCAGUGUUGGGAAGUACAAUGAGGCAAAGAGUCAGCACACUGACAAUGUCUUCUUCCUGUUUAUUGGUGAUGAUGACGUGAACGAUGAUCUCUAUUCUAUGUAUGCAUCAGUAGCAGAGAAAUAUCUAGUUCAAGGAUAUUUCUAUGCUGGGACCAGAAACAUACUGCCAGAAGCCCUUAAGGUAAAAUUGAAGGGCUAUCCAUCAGUGGUGGUAUUUAAAGAUGGGACGUACUACGAAUAUGAAGAUGAAGAUGGCGUUGUACGGAGGAGCUCAUUGGACAGAUGGGUGAAUAGGGAACGCUUCCCAGCAUUCCCCCGUGUAGCAGGUGGUGGUCUGAAUGAGAUGGCGGACACCGGCAAGUUGAUGGCCAUUGCCGUGGUCAACCUCGAGGAAGAGGACUUCAAGCAGGAGAACAACAGAAUAAAAAGUAUAGCACAGCAGAUUGCCAGUGAGCCCCGGGGGCACCUGCACAGCAAGUUCCAGUUUCUGUGGAUGAAUGAUGUGGACACCGCCAACAGCAUUACCAUGUCCUUCCUCAGCACGCCCACUGUCUUUGUCCUUGACCCAGAGAAGCACAUGCACUACUUCCCAGAAUCCACUGUGACAGACUUCACAGUAGCUUCCUUCAAGCAGUUCCUGCAGGAUGUGGAGGAGGGAAACAUUCAGGGAUCUGGAGGGACGGGGUUCUUCCAGAGACUCCUGAGACUUGGCUAUGACCUGGUGUCGACAGUUGUGAGCAUCUGGCAGGCAUCCCGCUGGCUGUUCCUGCUGAUGUUUGGCCUGCCCACCAUCAUCAUCAGCGUGGUGUGCUACAGCCUGUGCUGCAUGGAGCCCAUCGACGACGAGUUGGCCGAGGACGAAGAUGAAGAUGAGGACUACAUGCUGGAGGAAGAGGAAGCAGGUGAAAUUCAGCCAUCAAAAACAGAAGAAGACAAGAAAACUGACUGAGGGAAAUCACUUAACAAUCUUUAGAUUUUGUAGUGAUCCUUGGAGUCUUGUCAAAAUAGCCAUGAAGUUGACACCAAAUGUCGACUCCAUUGCUUUACUAUUUGGUCCCCUCAAGAACAAACACUGAUAUGGUUUACCAACAAACAGUUUAAGAAUAUUCCACCUUAAUUGAAACUAUGGUUCAAGUGAUAUGAGGCAAUAGCAAAUAUACAAUACUUUUUUUUUAAUGACAACUUAAAUCUCUCAUGAAUAACUACUCCAACUAUUAGACACAUCUUCUACUUGUUGUCCAUCAUUUACCCUUGCAGCAACAAUGAAUAUGUGUUAGCAGGCUGGAAUAAAAAUAAUUAUUAGAACGGAUCCCCAUCCUCAUCUCUACUUAUCUAUGCUAAUACUGAUAAAGUGAAAACAUUGAGGUUUGAUCACGUGAUUACUAUCUGGUAAAGCUCCGGCAGUCAGGUGACUAAAUUCAGGCUAUAUUGUGCAGCGUGUGCAGCCAUGAGAGUAUAUACAUUACCAGCAUGAACUGAAAGAAAAGAAACGUGCAGAUGCUGUAUUUAAAGCACUAUUGACCAAGUAUAACUGUUUACAAUCGCCUGACUAUCGAAUUGAUUCUGGAUUGUAACCAUGUGAUCAAAACUCAAAUGUGUUUUAUCGCUAGUUAAAUGGAUGUUUCUUGAAAAGCACACUUAACACUCCUUGUCAGUACUGUACGUAAUAUUCCUUGUUUUCGCUUUAUGAGUAUUAGUACACAUGCAGCCAUCUGUUAAUUAAUCAUUGCGAUAUUUCAUGAUUCUAUUUCAAGUGGCAAGGACUUUACAUAUAAUCCCUUCUGUCUUCAUUUGUAUAAAAUCAUUUUAUUUUAUUGUAUAUUUUAUCUCAUGUAUAAAAGUGUAAAAUACCUCCUGUUUUCGUUUUGAAAAUUCGAAAGAAAAUCUAAUGAUUUAUUGAUUAUGGCCUUAAAUCUGGUUUCUUUAGAAUCUUGGUCAAGAGAUGUUUCUCCAAAAGGGGGUAAUCUGGUAGCUGAACACACUCAUAAUUGCAUUACCAUAAAAUCACAAUCACAACCAAAGUUCUUGAAGAUGUGUGUAAGGUAAUGUUCUGUGGAACACAUUAUCAACUUGUUGUGGCUUAAAUUGAACAAAUAAAAGUAAGUCCGUGAGUGUUGUAGACUGCAGUCAAUAUUCCAGCAAUGGAAUGACAACCAAGUCAGGUCUGGACGGGCAACCCAGUGGUUGAAAGCAUGAACACCUUCUCAUGCUGUCUUGGUAUAAUUUGGAAUUUAUUCAGGAAUUAUCAUGUUGGCAUAUGUCAACUAAGUCAUUGAUAUCUUGUAAACUGGAGAUCAAACUAAUGAAUGUUGCCAAGCUUUGGAUAUAGCAAAUAUUAGUUUUAUCCAAAGAAGGCUUAAAUGAACUUGUAGUGUAGAAAAAACUAUGUACCUGUACAUUACUUUCAGUUAAUUUUUUGUUAACACCUCAUCAUCAUUUCUAUUUGAUAGUGAUUCAUAAACACAUGCUCAUGAUAUAGUUGGAAUCUUACAAUCGACUCUGCUUUAUGCAGAGUUUUCUUUUGGAUAUGGAAAGGGUUUUGUCGCUAUAUUUAUAGAGGUGUGUUGUAUUUGAUUGUACGGAAUGAAGAGAAAUACUUUCUUAAUGGACACACAGCUGACAUCCUCACAGAAUGAUGAAGAUAGAUACGUUUGUGAAAAAAAAAGUACUAUGCUUGGGACGAUGACAAUAUUUUUAACAGGUAGUUCCUUUUGUGCACAUGGUACAGUAUAAACUGUUGUCAGCCAGGUGCAAAUAUUGUCAUAGGUGACAGCACCAUUCUCCCCCUGCGUACAUUUGGACUGUGCCAGUCAUUUAUGUUCAGUGGUCACAACGCAGGUCUCAUCUUUUGCUAUACAGUAGCCGCGAUUACCUCCUGAAGUAAUGUAAGAACAAAAAUUAUGGCUCACAGACUUGCAGGAACCAUGAGACUAGGUUUGUUACACAGUUGCCACGAUUAUUCCUGAAGUAAUGCAAGAAAGUAAAUUAUAGCUCACAGACUUGCAGGAACCGUGAGACUAGGUUUGUUUUGCAGUAGCCACGAUUGUUCCUGAAGUAAUGUAAGAAAGUAAAUUUUAGCUCACAGACUUGCAGGAACCAUGAGACUAGGUUUGUUAUGCAGUAGCCCAAUUGUUCCUGAAUUAAUGUAAGAAAGUAAAUUUUAGCUCACUGACUUGCAGGAACCGUGAGACUAGGUUUGUUAUGCAGUCACCACAAUUGUUCCUGAAGUAAUGUAAGAAAGUAAAUUUUAGCUCACAGACUUGUAAGAAACCGUCAGACUAGGUUUGUUAUGCAGUAGCCACGAUUGUUCCUGAAGUAAUGUAAGAAAGUAAAUUUUAGCUCACAGACUUGUAAGAAACCAUGAGACUAGGUUUGUUAUGCAGUCGCCACGGUUGUUCAUAAGGUAAUGUAAGAAAAUAAACUUUAGCUUUCAGACUUGUAAGAACGUAAAUUAUGGCUCACAGACCUUCAGCAACCGUGAGAAAAGUUUUGUUAUACAGUAGCCACAAUUACCUCCUGAAGUAACAUAAGUAUGUAAUUUAUGGCUCAGUCUUGCAGGAACGUCAAGAAGAGGUCUAUUAUACAUUAGCCAGGAUUACCUCCUGAAGUAAUGUAAGUACAUAAGUUAUGGCUCACAGAAUCUCAGGAACCAUAGGAAUAGGUUUGUUAUAUCUGUAGUUCAACCACGAAUGUAUCAGCUCCCUCAACAACAUUGACCAAAUAUUUUAUCAUUUUAAAUUUCAUAUUGCAUGAAAUGACCAGAAAACUUUGCUGCAAAUUUUACAAACCCAAUGGCAACUAGCAAAGCCAUUUCUUUGUUCCAUGAAUAAUUGAAUUGUGCUAUUUGCAUUUGUAAUUUCAGUAGUGAAAAUGAGGUUUAAUUCUGAGUAUUGCCAUGUUGAGUAUAUAUGAUUGGUACACUCACCUUUAGUAACUUUCUAUAUCAUAGAAAUGGUGACAGAAUGUUAUGUUGUUUAUCAAUCACAUGUUGAGAAAUAUCAGAAGCAUCAGCCAAACAGUAUCUCCAUGUGGCAUGUGUGGAGUUUUUAGCUAUGAAGGUAUAUUGAAAUUUGUCAGAAAUUAAUUAAUUCUGUAUGAUGUGACUGGUGAAGGGAACUAUAUCAGUUGUGUUUACACUGUAUCUUAAUUAAUUUUUAAAAUUUAUUUAUGUAUUUCCCAAACCCAAAUUCAUUUUUUGAAAAACCCACUAAAAUAUGAAAAGCAGUAUAUUUUCCCUCAGGCUGAAAUAGCUAUUUCUUUCUUUUCUGAACAGCAUGUGUCAUCCCAAGAAAUAAGAAGAAUAUUACCCUAUGUUUUUAAAUUGUAGUUUAUAUAAUGGAUUGUUAAUAUGUCUUCAGAAUCAUAGAAAAAAGAAAUUUAUGUGAUAUUGUUAACUCAGUUGUUAAAAUUUUGAAAUUGUCAAAAUCAAUUUGGUGACAUAAAAUCCUCUAAAGUCAUUGACUUUAUUAAUGAUUAGAAUGUUAAUUUAAAUCAUUCAAUACCUGAUUUAUUUUAAGAUAAUUUUAUAAUAAUUUUUCCGACCACAGAUUGACAUAUUGCGUAAAGUGUUCUAUUUCUGAGGUACCGGUAAGAUAUGAUGUAUGAAUCGGAUGUGUAUGGAUACAGUUUGUUCAAAUAGUCUUGCUGUGAGUUGCCCUCAGAGAGUUUGUACUUGUUGUGAGUUAGUUGUUCUAGUCUUAGAUUAGUGGAUUUAAGCAGGGAACUUAAAAAUAGUCAUCAAGCAAUCCCCAUCGACUGGAAGACCCAAAGUACCAUGUGACCUAAAUAUGUCUAAAUGGAAUUCCCUGUAUGCACAAGCUGGCGCUAUGAUAUUUUGAUGAAACACACACCACCAAAAAAUGAAAAAAAGUCUGUUUUAAUUUCCUAAAGCUUACAUCCAUGCAGUUUAUGAAAUGUCUACUCAAUAAAAGUUGCACCGUUUUGUCAACAUUUGAGAUAAUGGGGGUCAUGUCAUUUUGCAACCAAGCCAAGUGUUUUUCUAAUGUUAUUUCUGUGGUUGAGGUUAAUAUUCUUUAAGAUUGUUUGAUGUCAAUGUAUUAGACAGUAGUACUGUUUUUGAUGUGUUAAUAACAAAUUUGAACAUUCGGGUUAUAUUGAUAACACAGUUUGAACUCAUUGACAAUGAUAUAUGUUAUGUGUAGCCAUGGUAUUAUCCCGCAGGAAUAUGUACCCAUAUGUUUACACUGUCUGAAGCUUAUUUACCCUGGCAUCUGUACAAUUCUCCUUAUUUAAGUUUAACUUAAUUUUUUUCAAGUUAAUUUAUAUUUGAUUGAUUGAAAUACAUUUGUUUUUUUUAGUGUCAGGUUUUUCCCAUAUCUUAGUUUAUCAAUCCAAUGGUCCUAUAUUUCACAAAUAAGGAAGAAAUUUAAGAUUAUGAGGGCAGUCACUUCUAUUCCCUCCAAAUCUGUGAAUAUUUUCAGAAAACAAAGCUAAUGUCAUGGGCAAUUGCCAAUUUAAAAGGUGUUCUAUUAUCUAACAACAUGUUAUCUUUCUCCCUGCACCCAAAACUUCACAAUUUUGACAUGACAUACAAUUAUUUAUUUUUUAUUCACGCCAAAUCUAACCAAUAUUACUGAUUAUAAAUGUUCAAAGUAGGUCAAUGGCUAAGAGAGUAACUCUUUUACCACACUUGAAUAUUUUUUUAAAAUUUUCACCUAUCUAACAAUAAAUUAUUCACUUGAAAAGUUUUAUGUUAUUUUCAUUUCAAUGAUUUACCCUACCUGUUGAAAAAUAUCUGUAAUAAAAACGAGGCUGAACCAGAGAAUCAAUGUGAAGGCAACUGCUAGCAGAGACCAUAAUUUUUUAUUUUUAUUUUAUGGUUUCUGUAGCUAGUGAACCCUUUUACCAAUGUUUCUUGAAUACUGACCCUUUCCCAUUUGCUAUAAUAUUAAUGGAUCAGUUGAGUUUGAGGUUCCGUUGUGUAACAGAUGAUCAGAGCUUUACUUCAUGACAUAAUGUUAUAAGAUUUUACUUACAGAUUUUGUGCAAUAAGUAUGAUUAGCAUGUGGGAGUGUACAUACUUAAGUCUGGAAACUUGAUGAUUGUGUUAGUCUGUUAUAUAUUCUAUCAUCUACAUGUAUGUGUGGCUGUUUUUGAUAUAUAUUCAAUUUAAUUCAUGUUGUUUUCAUUGGCUCAUUUAUUUUACAACUUCUGGGACAUAUUGCUACAAUGACUUUGAUCAUAAUGCUUUGCAGAUCACUGUGACAUCAUCAUUACAAUGACAUCACAAUCCAGUGACAUCACUAAUCUCUCUGCCACUGAGGCUGGCUUGUUGUAACGUUUACACUCAAGACACUGGUUAAUACUGUUUAUGAACAGAAGUUAGAAGAAUGAUUUUGGAUAAUAAAUAGAAUUUCUACUGA